AUCGUACACAUACAACAGCAUGCAGAACAAGAAGCGUACUAUCAUUAUUGGAUGUGUUGUUGGUGCCGCUGUCUUGGCCGUAGUAAUACUGUGUUGUUGCUUUUUUAGAUCAUCUAACGAGCCGGAUGCAGAUGGCGAUAUCUCAUCCAAUUCUGGUGGUGUUCAUGGUUCAACAUUUGGUUCUAUCGUUAACCCAUUCCAUAUUUCCUCUACAUUCAGCGGCACAUCACAAAAUGCAAUCUCCAACCCCGCCUCAGGAAAUAGCGAUGCAGCGAAAGAUGAAACAGCUGAUCCCGGUGCAAGUAGUGGUAAUCAGCCAGAUAGUAGCGCAAAUGUGGCUAACAAUGAUACAUAGCGUGUAUAAAUAGUUUACCAGAAUUUAACAUGCAUCUCAUUCUCUACAACAAUAAUAAAUACAUAUUGAUUUGGUGAACCAGUAAUACCGUAUAAAGCAUUACGUGCAAAUCUCACAAAAAUUACAACAAAUACAAGUUCGCAAUGAACAAUCAUCCUCACCAAC